UAACAUAUAUAUAUAUAUUGGUGGUUUCCUUUGCCUCUCAAACCCGUCCAUAUAGAACCCGAGAGCAACAAGAGAGACUGUCGUGUUCUUCUUCUGCCUUCUUCUUCGUGAUUUGUCUUCCAUGCCAAUUGCUUGAGCCUUUGUGACUCUUACCUGUGUGGUAUCCAUCCUAAGUGUGUGGAUUGAAUCAACAAGCAAAAGAGGAAAGCAACCAUAGGAGAAGAGAAGCCGGCGGAUUCGGUCACCUUCGGUUUUGAUGUUGAAUUCGAUGUUUAAUGGUUAACUGAGCCCGAAAAUCACUUUGAGCAGCUUAAGGAAGAUCCUAACAGAUUUCACAUGGUUCUGUAACAGAUAUCGCAGAUAAGUAAAUAUGAUCCACUGGAUGUGUUUUCUGGAUCGAAGGACAGAGUCCAAAAUGCAAUGAAGUCCCUCUUCCUUACUCCUCAAAACAAUUUCCAGGUUUUCUUAAAUGGUUCACUUAUUUUUGGAGGCUUGGGUGGUGGUGCAGACACUACUUGUAUGGUUGACCAAGAAUUUGAUUAUUCUCUGAAGCAUGUAAUUCGGGCAGAAGAUGGGAUGCGCACUAAAUAUUUUCUCGAGCUUGUUACUGAGUCGGUUUUCAAGUCAGGAUUAUUAAGUCUACUUCUUGAAGUCCAGAAGCUUGAUAUUUUUGACAUUGAAGGGGCAAUUCAUUCAUACUAUGAUAUUGUUUCUCAGCCUUGUAUGAUCUGUAGACAGAAAGGUGUAAAGGAAAGAUAUGCAUCUCUGCAUUCAAUUCCGAGGGAUCAAAGCUUAAAACUUGUGAGGGUCUACUUGAUAUCUGCUACUGCCAAGGACUUAAGUAUGAUGAUUAGUUUCAAAUCCAGAGAAAACGGGGACCUGGAGUCUUCAUGUAGCACCGUCUAUCUAGAAUCAACCGAUCAAAUUUUUUAUUACAAGGCAUCUUUUAUCGACAUGGACAUGAAACCAUUGAAGAAAAUGGAACGCCAUUACAAGUUAGAUCAGCAGAUAGUCAGCUGCUAUGUCCAGAUGAAGAGAGCUGCCAAAGAAGUUGAAGAUAGGGAGAGCAUCAAGGAAACUCCUCAAAUUAAUUGAAUGCUGUGAACAUGCUUCCUAUAUCAAAACAUAAUGCUGAAAUGGGAGAUAAUUUGAAGACUUUCAGGAGAAAGGGAUGUAUUCCAUUUCAUCCCACAUGAAGAAUUUACUCGUGCAGCUGGAUUUUGGAUUAACUUGGUGCACGAUGCUCCCACUUUGCAAGUUCCCAAACCUGAGAAAAAAGAUAGCCGACCGUUACUGCGUUCAUCGCGGAAUAGUGAUUGUUAUUUAUUUAUUUAUUUAUUUUUGAGAGAAUGUGUGGUUAAAAAGU